AAAAAACGUUCUAAAAUGAUAUUCCUCGAGUUAGAUUUCAGAUCAAAAAUUAUGGAUAUCUUGUUAAAAAGUGCGUUUAAGUGCAAAAAUUACAUUACGCUCAGUACUAGUACACACCUAACCUACGUCAUUCGUAAAUAUGCAAGGGAUAAUAUCAAACUAGUUACUAAGAUUAUUAACCAGAGCAGCAAAAGUCUGACGAAGGCAAAAGCAUCAAUGAAUCUGGCAUCAAAACGAAAUCCAGCAGCAAAUUUUAAACUUAUCAGCAACUUGAACCACAAUAAAAGGCAUUCAGAAAUUGAAGCUGACGUAGCAUAUGGAUCCGACUUUAAAGAUGUCAACAAACAAAUUGGUUUCUCCAUGUCAAUGGAUAGGGCUAUCAAGAGUUUCUCGCAGGCAUCUGUAACUUUGAAUGGAAAACUUAUAGCCGGAUCGGCUUUAAGAAUCAUAACCAAGUUAGACCAUGCACAUGAGUCGAAAUCUCUUGCUUCGAAUGUUAUGAUUCGCGUCAACAAAAAUGCUCUUUCAUCAAGCCUCAGUCUUAAAGAUAAAUCGACAAACCUCAAGGACAUUUCCGGUAAGUUCGAUUUGAACCUUCCUGGAGGAAAAACCUUUGAAGUUUCUCAAACUGUCAAAGAAAAUGCGCCAAGUAAUUUCACAAGUACAAUGAACGCAAAAUUUGGAAAAUCAAUGAAUACAAUUGUUACGUCGUGGCACAAGGCUUCACCAUCAGCACUUACGAUUUCUUCUGACAUAAACCUUAGUUCAAUGGAUCCAAUUAAAAUUGAUGCUGAAUAUACACUAGGACCAGAUCAAUACAAAGUUGGAGCGUCUCUACAAAGGGCAACUUCAAAAUACAGCGCUGUCGUCACAUCUCAGUCAGAUUUAGGAAAGUCUAUUCAAAUUUCUUCUGACAUUGAAUGCCCAUCCAGACACAUAGUUGGAAACUUUGAAGGAACAAAAUCUGGAAACAGAUUCACCAGCCGAGCUGAUAUACGCUGGAAUGCAGAAAGAGACGAUACACAGAGAAUAACGAUCCAAGGAAAAGGUCAAAUGUCGAGCCUUUCAAAUGUUGACGGAUCCUUUACAGUACAGUAUCCAAGCCGUACCGUUGCAAUUAAUCUAAAGCAUACUGCUGGUAAUAAAUAUACUACACAUAUCGAUUUCCAAUGGGAACCAAGUAAAAUUAUUUCUAUUGACUCAACUCUUGGUGAUUAUAAUAACGAAAACGGUCGAGAAAUCAUAAGUAAUAUCAAAUUCAGUUCCCCAUUCUCUUUCAUGAGGUCAAUGGAUCUGACGCUGGAUCACCGAAUUACGAAAUCAAUGUAUCAAACCAAAAUAGAUGCAGAAUGGUUUCCGAAGCAAACACUUUCUGCAACACUUACAGCAAGAAAGCCGAUGACAUUUAGAAGCUUCGAUAUCGACUUUAUUGGCAAGGCUCCUUCCCUUGGGUGCAAAACCAUUCAAUCAUCAUUGAAACACAACAUCGGAAAUGGUGUUACAACUAUUGGAAGAAUUGCUUUUAAUAGACAAUCAGCACAAGUGGAUCUGUCCCUUCUGAACAACGGCGAUGCCAGUACGACAGAUGUAAAGGGUCAGCUAGACAUCAAAACAUCAUACAGGCAGAUGCGAACGGCAACUCUCUCAUUGUCUCAUAAAUAUACAAGAAACAGGUUAGAUUCCAGUGCUUUCCUUAAGUACAACAAGAUGCAAUAUGGGAUAGAAAGCUCACUAAAGGGAAAAGUACUCGGAUGGGAACUAACUACGGAUGGUGAUAUCACAAUAUUUCUUCCAUCUGAUAAAAUAAAAGCAAAAUGGGGACACAAAAAUUCUCUAUCAGAAAUAACAACAACUUCAGAAAUUACCUGGGAGAAUAAACGUGUCUUUUUAAGUUUAAAUGGACUUCAGGAUCUAGGUCUUCAAACCGGUACACUUUCUGCAGCUUUGGAAAUUCAAACGCCAUUUUCCAUUAUUCAAGAUGUUGUUUUGCAACUCAACCAUCUUCAUAAAAUUGGACAGAUUGAUUCAACGAUGAAAAUAACAAGAAAUGGAAAUAGUUUGGUAACUAUAGAAACGAAAUAUUUAAAAGAAAAUGGGAAAAUAACGUCAAGGGUCUCUUCCUCAAAUCAAUGGUGUGAAGGGCUACUUUUAGCUGUCAUGAACGCAGAUUAUGAGAGCCAACCAAAAACAGCUCAUCUUGAAUUAUCAAUGUCACCUCUAAAAGCAAUAACACUGGAUGGAACCUUCAGUCACAACAUAAACAAUGAUAUUAGGACAUCAUUAACCAUCUCCAUUCCAAACAAGCCCUCCAUCGAACUUGUAGCGAACAGACAAAAUAAUAGCUCUACAUUUGAUGUAGUCAUGAAUGGGCAUCAUUACGGAUAUGAUAUGGAAAUAACAAACUCAAAUGCACAGGCCAAAUUCAUUUUGCCAAGCAGAAUUUUGAAAGUUAGUGGAUCACAAAAUUCAGGCACAACAGAAGGUACUUUUAUGUGGGAUGCUGAAAAAGAUGAAACUCGUAAAGUUGGAUUCCGAUAUGUAAUGAGACCAACAAAAGAUUCAAUGAAGGCUGAUUUCACUCUUAUGAUGCCAAGCAUUGGAAAGGAAGUUCAGAUCGAUUCUCAAAUGAGUUUGAACAAAGGACGUAUUCUCUUUGACGGUAAAACUGAACUUACCUAUUCACGUGACAGCCGGAAAAAGUUCACCAUCAUGUCCCGACUUGAAGACAUUUCAAAUAGCUUUUCAGCAAAGAACUAUAGCUUCACAUUUGCAAUCAGCCACCCAUACACAAGUGUUGAUGUUCAGGUUUCAUCUCAAUUUGGCAAAUCAAAUGAGAGAAUUACUGGAGGUCUCAGUAUGAAUUACCAAACAGUAAAGAGAGACGUCAAGACUUUCUCUAUGAAUGGUGAAAUUGAUAAAGUCAGAAAUGCUUUCACUUUAAAUAUUGAUACACCGAUGAAAAAGAUAGGAAUAAAUGGUAAUGCCCAAUCUGUAUCUCCAUACCGUUUGUCGUUAUCCAACAAGUACGACUCUAAGCAACCACUGAAUACAGUGUUUUCUAUUGAUUCUGCCAAAAGAAGCAUCGACUUUCAGAUGAACUACGAUCUUGAAAAUCCAAACAGUGAGUUCCAUGUCAGUGCCAAAUAUGUAAACAGUUCUGCCAUUGCUGCUGAAAUUUUCCAUGUUGUCAAUAGACACAGAGUUACUGAUGCUCUUCUUGCGCUCAGGCUUAACAGUUCAAGUCUUCUUCACAGUCGUGUACACUGGAGGCCAGAAAUGACGAAUGAUAUCAAGGUUUGUUAAUAUCAAAUAAAUCUAA